AUGGCAACUCUCAACCAACAAAGGAUCUGCAUCGGUCCCAAGGUGCCAGCACAUGCCGACAACCCUAUCUCCAUGCUCCUUCCUUGCCCAAGUUCAGGACUUCCUGCAAGAUAUGUGAUUCAGGAUGGCGGGUUAUACGAGAUGCAAAUGGUCGAUUCGGAAGGCUUGCGGUCCUGGUUCAUCGGCGACACCAUUCAAUCAGACGGAGCAUUAUAUCUGAUCACACCAUACGACCCAGUAUUCAUGCUAAUCCCAAUUCUGGACACCAUGCGCCAAAAGACCGCCGACGCCGAGGGCAAGUUCCUGUUGCUCGAGGGGAUCUUCGGGAGCUCCAGCGAUCAAUACCCCUCCUUGCGUCACUUGGCAGAUCUGAAGAACAUUGACAAGUACCUGGCCCUUGUCUGUGAUGUCCGUGUUGCAGCCAUGAAGACUUAUCGGUUAAAUGAUGAGAAAGUUAUGGGAUGGCUCAAGAAGAAGGUGGAGGUUUUUGUGAGCAAGUUUGAAUCCAUCCCUGCGCUCGUUGAUUCGAUCGCGUAUACGGAAUCCCUACCCGAGGUGUGCCGCACAGGCAAAUUCCCAGAGCUAGACAAGCUGGAGAGCAGGACACAGUUGCCCAGCAUGUCAGAGUUUGGAAAACGUUCAGGAAUGGACCUUGAUGACGAACCCAAGGCCAGGGAAGUCAAGAAACCAAAAAUGUCAGUUGGACAGAGAAAGCUCGCCAAGGCUAGUACUGCAGGCAUGAAACCCAUGACCAGCUUCUUUGCAAAGAAGUCAUAG